CGCCGCCUGCCUCGUCCCGCCUCGAGGCGCCUCCGGGGAAAGCCACGGCCCCGAGGGCGGAUCCGAGAACCCAGGACUGAAAACCACAAUGAAUGGUCAUAUUUCUAAUCAUCCCAGUGGCUUUGGAAUGUAUCCAGCUCAAAUGAAUGGCUAUGGAACAUCACCCACCUUUUCCCAAAUGGACAGAGAACACGGUUCAAAAACAAGUGCAAAGGCCCUUUAUGAACAAAGGAAGAAUUAUGCUCGGGACAGUGUCAGCAGUGUGUCCAAUAUAUCCCAAUAUCGUGUCGAACACUUGACUACCUUUGUUCUGGAUCGGAAAGAUGCUAUGAUAACUGUUGAUGAUGGAAUAAGGAAGCUGAAAUUGCUCGAUGCCAAGGGCAAAGUGUGGACCCAGGAUAUGAUUCUUCAAGUGGACGACAGAGCUGUGAGCCUGAUUGAUUUGGAAUCAAAGAAUGAACUAGAGAAUUUUCCUUUAAGCACAAUCCAGCACUGCCAAGCUGUGAUGCAUUCCUGUAACUAUGAUUCAGUUCUUGCCCUGGUGUGCAAAGAGCCAACUCAGAACAAGCCAGAUCUUCAUCUUUUCCAGUGUGAUGAGAUUAAGGCAAACCUCAUUAGUGAAGACAUUGAGAGUGCAAUCAGUGACAGUAAAGGAGGGAAACAGAAGAGGCGGCCAGAAGCCCUGAGGAUGAUUUCCAAAGCAGACCCUGGUAUACCACCUCCACCAAGAGCUCCUGCCCCGGUGCCCCCUGGGACCGUUACCCAGGUGGAUGUUCGAAGUCGGGUGGCAGCCUGGUCUGCAUGGGCCGCUGACCAAGGGGACUUUGAGAAACCAAGGCAGUACCACGAGCAGGAGGAACCACCUGAGAUGAUGGCGGCCCGAAUUGACAGAGACGUGCAAAUAUUAAACCAUAUUUUGGAUGACAUUGAAUUUUUUAUCACAAAACUCCAAAAAGCAGCUGAAGCAUUUUCUGAGCUUUCAAAAAGGAAGAAAAGUAAGAAAGGUAAAAAGAAAGGACCAGGAGAGGGUGUUUUAACUCUGCGAGCAAAACCUCCCCCUCCUGAUGAGUUCAUUGACUGUUUACAAAAGUUUAAACAUGGAUUUAACCUUCUGUCCAAACUGAAGUCUCACAUCCAGAAUCCGAGUGCUGCAGAUUUGGUUCAUUUUUUAUUUACUCCAUUAAAUAUGGUGGUGCAGGCAACAGGAGGUCCUGAACUAGCCAGUUCGGUACUCAGCCCCCUACUGACUAAAGACACAAUUGAUUUCUUAAAUUAUACUGUCAACAAUGAUGAAAGACAGCUGUGGAUGUCACUGGGAGAAACUUGGAUGAAAGCCAGAGCAGAGUGGCCAAAAGAGCAGUUCAUCCCACCAUAUGUCCCACGGUUCCGCAAUGGUUGGGAGCCCCCCAUGCUGAACUUCAUGGGAGCCCCGAUGGAACAAGAUCUUUAUCAGCUGGCUGAGUCUGUGGCAAAUGCAGCAGAACAUCAGCGCAAACAGGAGACAAAAAGAUUAUCCACAGAGCAGUCCGGUGUGUCAGAGUAUCCUCCAGCAGAUGGGUAUGCAUUCAAUAACAUGUACACAAGAGGGCCCCAUCUGGACCAAGGGGAAGCAGCUGUGGCUUUUAAGCCAACUCCUAAUCGCCACGUAGAUAGAAAUUAUGAACCACUCAAAGCACAACCCAAGAAAUAUGCCAAAUCCAAGUAUGACUUUGUGGCAAGGAACAACAGUGAGCUCUCUGUUCUAAAGGAUGAUAUUUUAGAGAUCCUUGAUGAUAGAAAGCAGUGGUGGAAAGUUCGAAAUGCAAGUGGAGACUCUGGAUUUGUGCCAAAUAACAUUUUGGAUAUUGUGAGACCUCCAGAAUCAGGAUUAGGGCGUGCUGAUCCACCUUACACACAUACCAUACAGAAACAGAGGAUGGAGUAUGGUCCCAGACCAACUGACACUCCCUCUGCUCCAUCACCUCCUCCAACACCGGCUCCUGUUCCUGUCCCGCUUCCUCCUUCCACUCCAGCACCUGUUUCUGUGCCAAAGAUCCCGGCAAAUGUCACCCGUCAGAACAGCAGUUCCAGCGACAGCGGCGGCAGCACCGUGCGAGAUAACCAGAGACAAAAACAACUUCCCAUGGACCGAAGGAAAUCUCAGAUGGAGGAAGUGCAGGACGAGCUCAUCCACAGACUGACCAUCGGUCGGAGCGCCGCCCAGAAGAAGUUUCACAUGCCACGGCAGAAUGUGCCAGUUGUCAAUAUCACGUAUGACUCCACACCAGAAGAUGUGAAGACGUGGUUACAGUCAAAGGGGUUCAGCCCUGUGACUGUCAAUAGUCUUGGAGUAUUAAACGGUGCACAACUUUUCUCUCUCAACAAAGAGGAAUUGAGGACAGUGUGCCCUGAAGGGUCCAGAGUCUUUAGCCAAAUCACUGUACAAAAAGCUGCAUUAGAGGAUAAUAGUGGCAGCUCCGAGUUGCAAGAGAUCAUGCGAAGACGGCAGGAGAAAAUCAGUGCCGCGGCCAGUGAUUCAGGAGUGGAGUCUUUUGAUGAGGGAAGCAGUCACUAAUUUGUCUUUAAACUCCAUUUAAAUCUGUGGCAUUAUUCCAAUGUGCUUUGUUUUAAGAAGCCAUGAAGGGAAUGUCAGAUUCUUACUUCUUGGAAUCCCUAAGUUAUGGCCAUAAAGAAACAAUGCAAACAUAAGUAAGCAGAGGCCCAUUAUUUUUAUUAAAACUGAAUAAUUUUAAAUAGAUGUUUUGCCCUCGGGGAAUAUUUUUGCCUGCUUUACCAAGGUGAGGGUUCUUUUAUUGGAUUAAUUAUUUCAACCCCUAUCUCAGUGUGUAAGCAGGCACCUUCUGACAGUGGUGAACUUAUUUACUGCAGCAAAACAAAGAUAUUUCCUGUGAUUUAAAAUCUAAAUAAUUUAAGUUUUACCCAUGACCCUGGUGUGUCAUUCAGAGCACAGCUUACUUUAGAGUAGCCUCUGCUUACUGAGGUCUCUUCUUUGACAUACUCAAUGAUAGAAUAUUUAGAUUUAUUUAAAGUUCUUCAUGCCAACCGUUUU